AUGGUUUAUGAGGACCGCCUCACUAAAUUCGUUGUUCUCAGGCCACUGAAGUCCAAAACAGCUGAAGAGUCUGACAAUGGUAGAGAGUUCAUCAACAAAAUAAUGAGCAACUUACCUGAACUAUGGACCAAUUUUAAGAUUGUACUCGGUAAACCCAGACACAGUCAGAGCCAAGGCAGCAUAGACAUAGAAAAUAUGCUAACGACAUGGGCACAGGAGCACAACACCAUGGAGUGGAGGUGUGCAUUAAGAUUUGUGCAGCUAAUAAAGAAUAGCGCUAUACAUUUUGGAAUUAAAAAAUCUCUGUACCAAGCGAUGUUUGGCUGCCUUCCUAAACGUGGUUCGUCUUCAACAAGUUUACCUCCUGAGGCACCGAUGAAUCUUCACUCUGAGGAUGAACUUGAAAAUGAAAUUAAUCAAGUGAAUGUUAGCAGUGAGACAGGGACCGAAACGUUGCAGCAUAACGAUCAAAGUAAAUCUCUAUUGCAAGAGGAUAACGUACCAACAGGAACAGAGGUUGAGAACAGAGAGAAAGAAAAUAUUCCUGACAGUAACGACAACUGCCCGACUGAUUUAGACGAGACAAUUCGUGCUAUUGAAAAACGCAGAACUGAAGCAUAG